AUGGCUCCUACGGCUCGUCCGAUUAUUAUCAGCGACCGCGCCGUCUUUGUCGGGCAGGUCUUUUACGGGAUCGGCAUACCGCUUCUUGUCCUGGCGACGGUGACUCUAGGCUACCGGAUGUUUCAAAUUAACGCUCGAAGAGCUCUCUGGUCGGAUGGCUGUAUCGUUGUUGGUUAUAUCCUCACGGUGGCAUGUCUGGGCUUAUUCGUGCCGCAAAGCUUCCUGACACCAGGUAUAAAGUCCCCCGAAGCAAUCCUCGAGGGCCAGAAGGGAUCUUUCCUGUCGAUCCCAAUAUGGGGCAUGUCAAUGGCCUUCAUCAAGGCCUCGAUCGGCCUGACGCUCCUCCAAAUACAAAACCAACGCUGGUUUCAAAUCCUGAUCUGGAGCAACAUCGCGGCUUCAGUAGCUUACGGCUUCGGGAACAUGGGGUUCAUCCUACUCUCGUGCCGCCCGCUGCAGGCCGCAUGGGGUGAUUUUGCCGACCCGACAAAGGCGCAGUGUCUUCCUUCCACCUAUAUACGAAAGGCGGCACUGACUGGGGCAGUUGUCAGCGUCGUGACUGACCUGAUGCUCUCGUUAGCACCCAUCAGCUUCCUAUGGACACUCAAGCGGCCACUGCGCGAACGCAUCGUACUAGGCUGCCUCAUGUCACUGGGCCUGCUGGCCGCCAUGUCCUCGGUAGCCAAGAAUCUGAUCAUCGCCGACUUUGGCAAGGAGAAUGUCGACGUAUGGGCCAUGAACAUAUCCAUCAGCACCUGGACGGCGUGUGAGAUGCUCCUCGGCAUCAUCGCCGCCUGCACACCGUUUUGCCGCCCGGUCCUAGAGAAGUGCUUCAUAAACAUGGGGAUUUCCCUGACGGGGACGGCCAAGUCGUCCAAGGCCCUGGUCAAGAACUACGGGAUUUCUUGCUCGCGCAGACUUGGCGCCUACCGUCGCGCCACGGCCGGCGACACGUUUGGCUCAUCCGUCGCCGCCGGCGCACCGCCUCGCAUCGACCAGCAACUCACGCAGUUCGAGUCGGACGAGGACCCGCUCAAAAGCGGCAUCCAGCUGCAGAGCCCCCGGCUGCAUGCUGGUGGCGCUGAGGGCAGCGGCAGCCCUGGGAGCUUGACCGUGAAUCGAUCCAACUCGGGCAUAUACAAAACGACCGACAUACACAUGCAGACGACAGAGGCCAAUGGCAGCCAGACUUGGCCGCUGGAGGAACGGAGAUACUAUCCUGAUUCUGCUGUCUAA